AUGUCAAGUUCAAGUUUAAAUCCCAGACCAAAACCUUGGGAGUCACGAUCAAGUACGCCAAGAGUGCAGCAUUUAACAACAGAUAAUCACAACCCUGGCGAUGAAACGCCUCCACCACUGCCGACCACUACACCUCCUCAAAUGAUUCAAAAUCAACAGCCAACGUUUUACAACCCUGAUCCAUACGCUCAAGGUUUUCCAACAAACUCAUACAUGCAACCAAACCCAUAUAUGGGCUCUAGUUACGGUAUGAACUCCGCUUACGGGUUAGGUGUACAUUCAGGUUAUAAUAUGGGGUUCACUAAUAACAGUGGUAUGAAUGGUGUUAAUCAACUUACAGAAUCAACGAGAGCAACUUUCCAAUUGUUGGAGAAUCUGAUAGGGACGAUAAAUGGGUUUGCUAAUAUGUUAGAAUCUAGUUAUUUCGCCACUUACAAUUCUUUUUUCACUUUGGUCUCGUUUGCUGAAGAGAUUGGUAGAUUGAAAGAAGUUAUAGGUGGGAUGUUUGGUAUAUUUAAUAUUUUCAAGUUUAUCAAGAGAUUACAAAGAACUAAAGAGAGCUCAUUCGUUAAAGAUUUCAAAGAGAGUUACAAUAAUAAAGAUAACGAUCCAGUAAAGAAAAAAAGAAGAAGGUUAGCUUGGAAACCAUUGAUCUUUUUCUUUAUGGCUGUAUUUGGAUUCCCUUACCUUUUAAAUAAAUUUGUCAAUCACGUCAAUGAAAGAAACAAGAGACUUGCAUCAAAUAAUAACAACAUUCAACUUGAUCCCACAAAAUUAGAAUUUGCAAGAGCAAUAUAUAAUUUUGUUCCAGAAAAUCCUAAUAUUGAAGUUAAUUUACAAAAAGGUGACUUAAUGGCAAUCUUAUCAAAGAAAGACUCCUUUGGUAAUGAUUCUCAAUGGUGGAAAGUUAGAACCAAGAAUGGUAGCGUUGGGUUUGUUCCAUUUAACUAUAUUGAAGUUAUAAUAAGAAAGCCUAAUUCUAAUUCCGAUACCAAUAAUGACUCCAAAAUUGAACGUGUCGAACAAUCCAAUUAA